AGUGAGAGGGAGGUGCGUGCGCGAGAUACUCUAUAAAUGCUACACAAAGAAACUUAAGGUCAAACCACACAUUUCACUGCUCUCGUGCAUUGUUAUACCAUAUCAGUUGAUCUAUUAUCUAUAAAAUCAUCUGUGACCACAAAUGCCGCGUCCGGUUUUCUAUAAAGUUGUUUGAGAUUAAUUCCGAUGAGGACAUGAUGCGCGUGACAGACAUUGCUCUCAUUCUGAUUUUCGCCUGUAUCGUGCAACAAUUCGUACAGGUGAACAGCCUGAGAGAUAGAGGAAGGAGAGCACAGAUAGAUAGGAAGGGGAGGGGAAGAGGUCAACGGAAUGAAAGUAGCCUAAAAGGGAGAUUCUCGCUGAAGGAUGGAGCGCGGUGCUCGUGGCUCGCUGCGCGCGAGGGUGAUGCGUUUGAAUUGGGAGUCACCUGCAAAAACGGGGCAAAGACUUUCGGCUGCGAAUAUGUAGCAAAGCCCGCAACAUGUCAGCAAUACGCAUCCAAUACCAAAGCCUAUUGGAAACAGAUCGCCCGUUCGCUGAAAAAGCAGAAGAGAUUGUGUCGCGACUCUACGGCGAUGGUCAAAGCCAGUAUGUGCAGGAGCGCGCCCGCGGAUGCGCACUUCAGACUGAAGGACGCGCGUCCCACCUCCAGAGUCCCGUUACCGUCGCCCGCGGGGAUUAAUUACUGUUCUGACCGGAUCGAGAGACUGAAAGUGGCCGAGGAAUACUGCAGCAGCUCCUGGUCUUCACUGUGUACAUUUUUCUUCUUGAUGCUUGAGAAUGAUGAAUGCUCAUGAUUGACUUUGAAAGAACUUUUUUCAAGGCCAUUUUUAUAUUCCAUUGAUUAAGACUUCUAUAUGUAGGGUGAAUUCAAGUUGAUUGGGACACAUUUUCCAAUUCAUCUCAAUGACAAAGUGUGUCCCAGUCACCCUGAAUUCACCAUAUUUAUGAGAUUAAAGUUUUGUAAAUGUUUCUCGAAAUCAAUUCUGCUAUAAAAUGUUUUGAUAUGUCUUACAAUUGUGAAUAAAAAUGACAUUUUCUGAUUGUU